AUGAAAUUAAAUCUUUAUGUACUGACUCCUAAGCGAAUUAUUUGGGAUUGUGAGGUGAAAGAAAUCAUUUUAUCCACAAAUAGUGGCCAAAUUGGCGUAUUACCAAACCACGCCCCCAAAGUCCUCCCAUGCAAGGGCAAGGACCUCACACCAAGAUAUGCCCCCACUUCCACCCACGAGACUAGUUAUGAUGUUUUUCCCAACUGGGACGUCGAAGAAUAG